CGUUGAACGUUUUUUUUUCUGUCUGCAAUGGCUCGAUCGCCAGUAACUUUGGGGGACUUUUUAAGAAAAGAUCCUUCCUCUACCAUGGUUGGAGCACCGCGACCAAGAAGCCCGAAACAGGCCGAUAAAAAGUUUAAUUACGCGGCUGGAAAAAACGAAGAUUGGAAUACCGUCUCCAACGCGGUUACUGCGUUGUUUCAACGAAAGAAGUUAACGAAAUUCGAAUUGAGCAGUCUCAUGGAGAAAGUGAAAACAGUGAAACAAGAAAUCAACGGCCCUGCCAUAUGUGAGCGUUUUAAAGAAUCUUUAGUAAAGGGGAUGAUUAUACUGCGAGAGGACGUGAAAGCCAAGAAUGGCGAAGUUCUUUUGGACAAACUGGCAGAUAGUUGGUCUUAUUUUUUCUGCACUAUAUUGCCUCUCCUUCAGGCCAUUUUUUUAGAUAUUCAGUCACGGGAAGCUCAGUCUACAAGGGCUAUUGCUUUGUUAAGUUUUCGAGACGUAGUUGUUUUGAAAACCAAGCUGGAAGAAGCAUUUGUUAUGGAUUUGACAGUCCCCCCUAAACUGGUCCAGAUGUUACUAAUUUUACAGGUGAGAACUACUAGUGUUUAUGUUACAGGUCGAAAUUAAAUUCAGGUGAAAAGUUUUUAGCCUAGUUUGAUUCUCUAUUCCCUUUGUCUUCUAGCCCUAAUUAUUCAUGAAUUGGGGCUACGAGACAAAUGAAAUUGAGAAUCAACCUAGAUUAAAAAUUUUUUUACCUGAAUUAAAUUUUGACCUGUACAUUUACACUAUCUCCCAUAAUUUUUAAAGUCUUUCACUCCUAACAGCAACCAGAGUGAAAAUUUACAAGACAUUCCAAAUUCCUUUUUUUGUAAAAUCCUAAGAAAUAAACGAUACUAUGUAAAAGCUCUGCCUAAGGGUUUUUUUUAAUGGUAACACCGUAGGAUUUUAACCAGAGAUCCAGAAGUUAGAAAGAAAUGUCAUCUCAUCAUAUACUGGUCUAGCUGGGAGUAAAAGGGUUAAGGCCAUCUUCUUUUUUUUUUCUUUUUCAUUUACCAUUGAAUUUUGGGUCGGUCAAUCAAGUGAAAAAAAAAAGGAAGAAAAAGAACAUAAAAAAAUAUCACAAUAAGUCUGAGAAUAGGAGGCUGAAACCACAGCAUCAUUGCCAUGGAGCCUGGAAACAACAAGACAUGGUCACCAGAUUGACACAAACUCAAUAUGGUGGGAAAUAUGAUGGUUGAUGUCAUAGUAAAAAGCAAAAAAGAUACACCACCGAAACUUCUACAUGUAUGACUGGAAAUGUCAUUAUAUACAAUGCUCAUUUUUCAGAUAAAAAGAAUUAAUUAAAGUCAAAUCCCCAAAAUUUGGGUCAGUUGGACGACACUAAAUGGAGGGAAAAAGGGGGAUGGCCUGAUAUUCAUUUAAAAUAUUUCUCUUCUAUUUCUUAAAUCACUGUUGGCGAGUUAAUGUUUCAUAACAAGUUAGUGCUGACCAAAGUUUAAAAGAUUAUUGUACACCUUCGUCCAACAAGUUUUCUCGUGUCUUAGAAAAAUUUUGAACAAUAAUACAUUUAUACAGGGCCUCUGAUAUUUCGUGCACUCACGGAGCCGUGAAAUUCAGGUAAAUCCGCGACCUCCCGCGAAAUUCACAAAAACAAGCAAAAUACCGCAAAAUUUGGUAGGAAUCCUAUCAAAUACAUGUCUCAACACAGCAUUUUUGAAACUUGUCUCAGCUAUUGGGGGUAUUUACUUGCCGUAAACUUGUAAAUUUAUCUUGAAACUUCGUUACUGAAAUGGCAAACAACGUCCCGAAACUACCAGGCCUAGAUUAUGUUGCGAAAAACUGGGCACUAGCCAUGAUGUUAAAGGCUUUGCCACUGGUUCAUUUCUGGAGCAUAUUGUCGUUGAAUGACCUCUGUUAGAAAAACAUUAAAACAGUUGGUCUGAUCAGUGCAAAACUGAUCAAUUUCUAGUGAAAUUUGCCCAAAAAUAACCUCAAAAUCCGCUGUUUUCUUACUGAUUGCUUUUUGGCCAAGUUUGCCCUGAAAAUUCCCGUGAAAUCGGCUGAUUUUUCCUCAAAUUUGUCCCUAAAAAUCCCGCAAAAUUUAACUUUUUUUUUCUGCGACCUAUCAGAAGCCCUGGUAUAUUACACGUAGCAUCUCACAAAGAGAGAGUUGUGCAGCAAUUGAGCUGUUUUGGCAGGGUAGAGUAAAAGGGUGGAAGAUUUAAAAUGCUUAGUGAAAACCAAAAAGGGAAAAUACUGAUUUAAAAGUGAAACUGUUAUUGACUGGAUUUUAAAGAAUUUCUACAAUAAAAAGCAUUCAUUUGUACUCCAAAGCUGCUUUGUAGCAGCAGGGCUUUUACUACGAUUUGAAUUUCCUAGGUACAGUAUAUACAAUUUAAUAGGUGACAGGGAAUUGAACGGGGGCACCCAACGUCAAUUUUCAGAAAAUAUCUGUUCGGAAGACGAUUUGAGAUCUAGAAUUUUCGGAACAUUUGUUGUAAAAUUUCUUGCUUGCCUGCCUCUCCGAGGAUUUUCGAACAUCCAAAAAAUGGUAUAACUGCCCAUUUUUAACCGAUUUGUACCCUAAAAAGGUCAGCUAGAAUUUUCGGGAGCCUUUUUUCUGGCUGAAAUUUUCAGAAAGGUAAGUUUUGAUUCCUAUAAUUUUCGGAUCACUACACUUUCAGCUAGGAAAUUCGAACAGAUAAAAAAUUUUUAGGGGAUAAAAGUAUGCUUAUAUCUACCGUUUAGAUACUAAAAUACGUUUAACAAUGCUAUGUUUAAGUGGUUUUGAACUAUAUUCUUGUUGGGUGCCCCUGAUUGAACAUCUGGGAGUUUCUUUUGGUUCUAUCUUCCUCCCGAUUCCUUUGAAAGUGGCCAGGGCACAUGCCAAUAAUAACCUGGGGAAAUCUCCGGUCGCCACUCCUUAGCGACAGCCUUGAGCUGGCAAAUGUUUGAGAAAUCCUAUGCAGGGAUUAUGAGCUUGAAAUGUUUUGAAUGAAUUAUAAAUUUAUUGAAUUCUUCAUUCAUGUCAUAUGAAGAAUGCAGUCUGAUCUCAAAGGGCGUAACACCCCUGUACUGUAACUUGUCAUUGACCUUCAUAAUUCUUCAAAUCAUAUGAAUGUUAAAUUCAAUGGAGAAGAUAAGAUAAACACUUAAUUUAAUGAGGAUUGACACUAAAUAGCCAGAGCUAAUAAACUUGUGCCCCUCUUAAAAUAAUAAUAAAUGAAUAAAUGAGGUAAACAAUUAAAUAGAUAAUAUUAAGCUAUAUAAAAUACAAAAUAACAACUAAAUAAUCUAAAUACUCUAGAUACUACUAAACUAUAUAAAAUACAAGAUAUAACUGUAUAAUGUAGUCUGAACUAAUCAAUCAACUUAAAUAAGUAUAAUAUUAUUAUUAUAAAUAAAAUUGAUAAUUUCAAUUGUCAAUUAUUAUUAUAGAGACCCACAGGCCAAGUUACUGUUGAUAGUAAUGGUGAAGACCUUCCAUACUUUGCAGGGUUUUUUUCAGUUAGUUUUCGGUAAUUUUCUGAUUGGUGCUUGCCUCCAAAUAAAAUUUGAUUUUUGGGCUGUAAUCUCAACAAAGUAUCCAUAAGGCCAGUAUUAAUGGGUCUUGUUCUUACAUGUACGCUUGGCAAAAUUAAUGAAGGCUGACUUUCUAAAACAUUGUAACACUUUUUAUGUUGCAGGGCGUUCACGAUGACCAAAACAGUAGAAACUAUAGAAAACUGGAACAUUUAAUCUCCUAUGUUGUUCAGCCUUACCUGAGUUCAAUAGGAUUGAGAUCAAAGCCUUCCAAACCAACCGUGGAAGCUAAAGUGAGUGAAAGCAGUGAAGAAACAACUAGUGCUAGUAGCACUAAAGACAAUGCGACACCCUCCAGUCGAAAGUCUCGACCUUUAAGUGAGAGUUCUCUAGAACUUCAGUCAAAAUACUCGGCUGAUAGACUUCAUGAGACUGCACUUCAAGCAAGAAAGACCAGGCAUUUUACCUUCGAUGAAGGUGUAAGUGAAUCAAGUGGCAGCUCUGUGUUUGCAUCCAGCUCAUCCACCGUUGUUUAGAUGUACUAUCAAAUCAGCCGGCAUUUCUGCACCUUUCAAAAACACAACCAACCUUACAAUUGCAUUUUUAGCUGCUGUCAAUCAUAGCUAUAAUGAUCACAACAAUGAACUCUGAAACACAAAAGCAUUCAAAAUCCACCAAGACACCUGUAAGUGAUGGCAGCCAAAAAUGCAAACUCUUAAAAUUGGCAUUUAAACUUUAACCUGAGAUCAGGCUCUAUUUUGGUUUUGCUUUGAAAAUUACAUUCCGGCAGGCAUGGCGAAACUUUUAGCGCUGGCCGUUAGAGAGAAUGUAUGAGAAC